AUGUGCACCGGGCUUCCGAGGACUGCCAGCCUGCUGCGACUCGUUGCUCUCUGCAUCCUACUCUGUCAUACAGCAGCCUACUUCGGGCUGACAGGCCGGGAACCUCUCGUGCUUUUGCCAGGUCCCUUUUCCAACGAGCCACCAACGGGUAAAGCGCACAUUAAGCAAUGCGAACAGAUGACCCUAACGCGCCGUCAGAAGCGGCUGUGUCGACGGGAACCUGGCUUGGCUGAGACGUUACGGGAGUCGGUCCGCCUAAGCCUCAUGGAGUGCCGCUACCAGUUCCGAAAUGAGCGCUGGAAUUGUAGCAUGGAUGGCCGAGGGAGCCUCCUUAAGCGCGGUUUUAAAGAGACGGCCUUCCUUUUAGCGGUAUCGUCGGCUGCGCUGUCACACGCCUUGGCAAAAGCUUGCAGCUCGGGACGCAUGGAGCGCUGCACAUGCGACGAUUCACCGGGACUGCAACAUCGCGAGGCGUGGCAGUGGGGGGUCUGCGGGGACAAUCUAAAAUACAGCACCAAGUUCCUCAAGAAGUUCUUGGGGCAGAAACGGGUUAGCAAAGACCUGCGGGCGCAAAUCGACGCCCACAACAUUAACGCUGGUAUCAGGGCGGUGAAGAGCGGACUAAAGACCACUUGUAAGUGCCACGGUGUAUCUGGUUCCUGUGCUGUACGGACUUGUUGGAAACAGCUCUCCCCGUUCCACGACACGGGCCGUCUCCUCAAGUACCGCUACGACACGGCGGUGCGCGUCUUCAGCGUCACGAACGCGGCCACCGGGGAGACCGAGCUCGCCGGCCCGCGCCGUCAAGGCAACGGCCACGGCAACGUGGCCACGCCUCGCCCGAGGCCCACGGAGCUGGUGUUCCUGGAGGAGUCGCCGAGUUUCUGCCGGCCCUCGCGCUAUUCGCCGGGCACGGCGGGCAGGCCGUGCGCCAAAGACACCAGCUGCGGCAGCCUGUGCUGCGGGCGCGGCUACAACACGGCGCUACGUCUCACCACCCUCUCCUGCAACUGCCAGGUACGCUGGUGCUGCCACGUGGAGUGUCAGACCUGCCUGAGAGAAGAAGAGGUGUACACCUGUAAAAAACACUGA